GUGACCUCUCUGAGUCCUGUGCCACCCGUUGAAGCAGACACCAGGGGGGAGGUGAAUCUGUUGGGAUUAGCCUCCACAGUCAUCUCACUGACCGAUGGCCACGGUCUGCAAACACCAGGGCACCAACAGUUAGUAGCGUUGUGUGACACAUACAAACACAGCACUGGCCCUUCAUCCGCUCACAAUGGCGUCCCUGGAGGAAGAGCUGACCUGCUCUGUGUGCCGAGACUUCUUCAGCCAAGCCCACCCCCUGCCCUGCGGUCACAGCUUCUGCCCCGCCUGCAUCCGUGAGGCCUGGAGCGGCCACGGCGAGGGCAGGAGUCGCUUUACCUGCCCCCAGUGUCAGGAGGAGCACGGAGAGGUGCUGUGUGACUGCUGCCCUCCCACGGCAGAGAAAGGAAAGCCACCGUUGGCUGUCAAGACCUGCCUGAGGUGCGAAGUGUCGCUGUGUGCCGAACACCUUCGACCCCAUCUGGAGAGGCCGGCGUUUAGCACCCACCUGCUGGUGGACCCGCUGGGGGACCUCUCCCAGCGAAAGUGCCCGACACACGCAGAGAUAUUGCGCUACUACUGUGCCGACGACGGGGUGUAUGUGUGUGGUGACUGUCUGCUGGACGGAGGCCACGCUGAGCAUAAAGUGAAGGCGCUGAGACAGGUGGAGGAGGAUCUGAAGGUCAUUCUCCAGACGCUGCUCAGCAAAGCAGAGGAGAAGCUGAAAGACGGAGAGCGAAUCCUCAAAGAGCACGAGAGUAUUGAUUCAACCAUGGCUGAUUCUCUGAAGCAGGAUAACACUCAGGUGGAGCGGCUGGGCUCAGACCUGCAGGUCCAGGUGAAGAGGCUGGUGGUCUCUCUGAGGGAGAUCACCAGGAGGGAGAGGCAGCAGGUCAUAGAGCGCGUGCACGAAGACUGCACCAAGGUGAGAGGCGACAUGAGCCAGGCGCUGAGCAUCCAGAACUACCUGGCCUCGCUGCUGGAAGAGACGGACCCCUUCCUGCUCAUCUGGGCCUUUCAAUCAGACGACACAAAGUUACUAGCCGACCUGAACAGCCCUCUCUUCAUCCCCGACACCGUCAGUCUGGACAGGAAACACAUCUUGGAGGACAUGGAGAGCAAGUAUCGAGAGUUUAUCACCGGCACCCUCCGCUGCCUCAGUGAACUCAAGAGGGAGCUCUUAACCAGUCCCCUAACCCUCGACACUAACACGGCCCAUCCUCUGCUGAGCAUCUCUGAUGACCUUCGCUCAGCGACGCGGGUUAAAAGCCGUCUGCCCUGUGCCGCUCACACCGAGCGUUUCGACCACUGGCCGCAGGUCCUCGCCACCCAGACCUUCACCUCUGGGACUCACUACUGGGAGGUGGAGGCUGAGGGAUUCUGGGAUAUUGGCGUCUGCUAUAGAAGCAUUGGACGGAAGGGGAAAGAGGGCAACGCCUUUGGGAACAACAAGGUAUCGUGGAGCUUGACACAGCAGCACGACCGGAAGCUGGCCGCCUGGCACAACCGCAGGAAGACCCGCCUCUCGUACCAAAUGACUGGCAACCGAGUUGGCGUCGCCGUGGACUACGGUGCCGGCACCAUCACAUUCUCUGAGGUGGGACCGUCUAACAACCUGACCCACCUCCACACCUUCUCCGCCACGUUCACUCAGCCGCUGAGCUUGGGCUUCGGACUCUACAAGGCUGAGCUCAACAGCCACAUCUCCAUCGUCAAAGUCUGAGGCGAGAAAAAAAUAAUAAUGCUGACAAGACAAAGCCAUGCCAAGACAAAGUGGUGUUGAUUUAUUUCGCCCACUUCUGGAGCUUUGAGCCUCUCUGAUGUUUCUCUCCCAUCAGAUCUCAGCCUGAGCUCAUCUUCUCCCUCAAUAAAGACACAAUACCACAUUUUCCUCACACCAUGAUCAGAUGAUAUCGACUUGGAAAUAGCAGAGAUAUUUGAGAAUGGAGCGUUCAAUGAGUGGAUCCUAGCGGGACAGCAAAUGAAGAGACUCCUUUGAAAAAGGACAAAAAUAGGUUUUGUUGAUAAAAAUUGAAGGAUUGUUAUGAGCUUUUCAUUCCGCAGUGAUCAAAACCGCAAACGUCUGGAGAUUUAAAGAUAUUAUAAUUGUGUUAAAGAAGGUAACUUUUGAUUUCAGAAAUAAUUUAGUCAGAGGUUUUUUGAAACUGAACACUAACUCAUCCCAUCCUCUCUUAAGGGUCUACCUCAGUUUGACUGAAAGCUACAUUUUGUGAAUACCAACAUUGUGUCUCUAGGUGUACCUCCAUCAGGCUGGUUUAUGUGUUCAUAUACCCUCAAAAAUAAUAUCCACACAGAGAGAUUGAUGCUAUAUCCUGUUAACCCAGUGUGAUGUCUUAUAAAAGAAGCUACCUAA